GGUGGGGAAGGCGUUUGCUGAGCUGCAUGGCCUUGCGAGUGCUGACGGCUGAUGUUUCUGUUGUCGACUGGCCAACCAGCGUCGUAUGACCCCAUCAAGACGUGCAUCAAGGUGGCCGCGGAGAGGAGUGGGGGAUUUGCGGGCACACUGACGAUGGCGUCAUGUCUAGUACCGAUAUCAUCGGCAGUUCUCACUACACCCUUUCUUUCCCCCCCCCCUCCCUCCCUCACUCCAGUGUCGAUUCCAUGCCAACGCGGGAAUUGCGAUCACCGACAGCUUUGUCAAGCUCGGCUCUCUUGGUACAGUGACGAGUGGGGCUACGGCAACCGCGUCGUGGAUGUGAUCAAGCACAUCUCGAAGAUGUGAGCAGAAAUGAUGGUCGUGGGGACGUAAUCCUCCAUAUCUUCUUUCGUUUAUUUUACAUGCUCGCUUCACACCGCAAGGCGCAGAGAGGUGACGUCUAUACGUGUGUGUGUGCAUGUGCAUAUGUGUGUGUGCGAUCUUGUUGCCCGCUGUUUUGUUAUAUUUGGCUGUUCCCUUCCUCUUUUCUUUGCCUCUUUGCCUUUCGGCUAUGUGCAAGUGGGUCGAUAUGACACACGGGGGUGGGGCCAGCCGCCGCUCAACCUACAUCCACGUGGGCGGCCUUGUACGCAAAAGAGGUUCUUUAUGAACAGGGGGAGUCUUGUAAGGAAGAAGAUAUAGAAAAACGAUUUUUUUUUCCCUUGUUUUCUUUCUGUUUUUUUUUUUCCCCGCUUUUCCGCUCUUAUAUCCUUGUGACGAUAUACAUNGACGAGUGGGGCUACGGCAACCGCGUCGUCGAUGUGAUCAAGCACAUCUCGAAGAUGUGAGCAGAAAUGAUGGUCGCGGGGACGUAAUCCUCCAUAUCUUCUUUCGUUUAUUUUACAUGCUCGCUUCACACCGCAAGGCACAAAGAGUGUACGUCUAUACGUGUGUGUGUGCAUGUGCAUAUGUGUGUGUGCGAUCUUGUUGCCCACUGUUUUGUUAUAUUUGGCUGUUCCCUUCCUCUUUUCUUUGCCUCUUUGCCUUUUGGCUAUGUGCAAGUGGGUCGAUAUGACACACGGGGGUGGGGGCAGCCGCCGCUCAACCUACAUCCACGUGGGCGGCCUUGUACGCAAAAGAGGUUCUUUAUGAACAGGGGGAGUCUUGUAAGGAAGAAGAUAUAAAAAAACAUUUUUUUUUUUCCUUGUUUUCUUUCUGUUUUUUUUUUUUUCUCGCUUUUGCGCUCUUAUAUCCUUGUGACGAUAUACAUACGUACACACACACACACACAGAGAGAGAGAGAGAGAGAGAGAGAGAGAGAGAGAGAGAGAGAGAGAGAGAGAGAGAGAGAGAGAGAGAGAGAGAUGUGCGGAUCAUUUUUUGUGCCUGUCGUUGUUGCUUUUGAGGGUUUUUAUCGUAGGGUUCAGGUUGAAAUCUUUAUUCGGGUGUGGUUCUAUCUCUGCCCUUGUUUCCUUUCUCCUGCUGCAUCUUUACGGAAGCCUCUGCGCGUCUUGAGUGUAAGUCGUGAGGUAGUGACGUCAGCAGUAAUUGUUGAACAACAUCUGUCUGAAAUACACCUUAGCUGUGGGCGAUCACCGGCUUCACGACGGUUCGUGUAAUUACUCCGAUUGCGUCUCCGACUUCACGAGAGCUAACAGGUGAUAGCCGGUGUGAGUCCGUGAUGAUCAGGAGGAGGAUGAAAACGACGACGACGACCAUGAUAAGAUCAUGAAGCGGGUAGUUAGUCAACGUGCAUGGCGAUGGUUUAGUAUUUCGCAGUUGUUGCUCGCUGUCGCACUUACGGUCGCAUGGCAUAUCGAAGGGACCAACUUGAAGUGUGGUUCGGUCGCAGUCCUUGCCGCCGCCGCGGCCUACUCCCCGUCCAACGUUUCCUCCUUGGAGCCGCCGUCAUCCUUGKCGUGCGGWGAAGGUAGCGGCUGUGGCACUCGGGGAAUUGCAUGGAUGCUGGAAGACGAUGAUCAUAUGCAUCAGUACUCUCGACGUCAUCCCUGGGCUGAUGAGCAGUACGUGCAUCCCUACGGCCAUCGCCGUCGUCAUCAUCCUCGCCAUCUUCUGUGGGAGCAUCGGCAUCACUGUCAGCAUCGUCGUCAUCGUCGCUGCUGGCGGAGGCAACUCGAGGCUAGUGACGCAAGUCGCAACCUACAAUUUGAAAUCCGUGACGAGGAUCUGUUGACGUUACGCGAAAGUCCGAUCCGCAAUUCCCAGCCGGAGUGGAACGCAAGUGAGGUGAGUUGGUCGGACGUGUGGUCCCUCUCGUUCUCACCUGCGGACCGGUCGUUGUUCUUCCUCAUGAGCGAUCGGUUAUGGAGGGUCAAAACGGCGGAGCCAAUGGGAAGCGGCGGGGGUAAUGUGUCGCUUGUGAGAGGGCCCUGGCGACCGCCAGGCCUUGGAGGCUUUUGUCGAGCGUUUGCAUUGAUUCCUGAUGGAGUGUCACGGGUAAAGAACAAUUCGCUGAACCGCAUCGCGAUAGUAGCGGACGACUUCAACCUCUCUUUGAGAGCGUACAACGUGGACAACGGUUCUGUUCCUCCUCCGCUCUCGGUUCAAGAUUAUGCCAUGGUUACCCUAGGGGAAGCAAUCCUCAGUUUGGCUUGGGACGCGAACCGUCGCGUCUUGUACGGAUCGUCCCGCAGUGCACUCUACCGAAUGAACCUUUCGGUCAGCGAUGGACGGAACGUCGAGCUGGAGAGGUGGAUAGGUCCAGAUUGGAACCCCAGUUCCCCUGAACUCCGGGACAGCAGCGAGGAUCCUAGCUCCGUGAGAUUCAAUCGUCCCUACGUGAGCUCGUCCGCCAUAUCCGCGGACGGCGAGCUCUUGUACGUGGCAGAUUGGGGGAAUUCGGUGAUAAGACGGGUGAAAACAGCCAGUCGAGCUGUGGAGACGAUCGCUGUCAGGGGCACAGGUGCUGGUGCAGAGUUUGAGAAGCCCGUGGGGCUGGCUUUAAUGUCGGACGGUUGCCAUCUAUUUGUGUCAGAGUAUGACGGAGGACGGCUGCAGGUGCUCACAUUCCAGUAUAGUGGUGGGCCAGCUAUCAGUUGUCGCACUGUGGCCAGGUCAAGUCGUACGGACGGAAAUGCCGGUUAUUUGCUGCUGGGAAUGGCGAUCUCGCCGGAUGACGAGGUGCUGUACGUAGGAAGAGCGUUUUUCGAUAUUUUGGAGCUUGGCGUCAAUAAAUCGGCUCUCCCUCCUUGCGGCAUCUUGGCCAAGCCUACUACACCUCGUCGUCCUUCGGCAGGAGUCGUCAUCGGGGUUGUGGCGUCUUCCCUUGCCGUUCUAGCUGCUGUUGCUGCCACCAUCGCGGAGAGCAGGUGGCACUGCUUGCGAUCCCGGUUCAAGCAAGGGGGACGACGAGACAGCGGACGGGGAUCCAGACGGGAAGAUGACCUGGRGGGUUCUUYGMUGUGGUCGUCCUCUGCGUGGACCACGUGGAGCCAGGAGAAACGGGAGCAGCAGAAGUCGGCAGCAAAUGACGGAGCCGUGAUUCAACUGAGACGGCCUUCCCUGGUGAAAGGGUACGCGUUCGAGGAGAUCAGGGAAGCUUGCGAUGGCUUCAGUGCGGCGCGAUUGGUGGGGAGGGGGGGGGCGGCKGASGUGUACAAGGGACAGCUCAGCAACGGGCAAGUGGUGGCGGUCAAAGUGAUGAAGGACAAUUUCUCGAAGGCGAUGUUUCGGCAGUUCCAAGCGGAGCUGGACGUUCUAGGCACACUUCGUCACAGCCACCUGUGCAGCAUCAUCGGCUUCUGUGAAGAGGGAGGGAAGUCGUUGAUCAUCUACUUCCCGUUCGCGGAGGGAGGGACGCUGUACGAACAGYUGSACUUCCCUCCGACUGUCUCUACGGCCGCCGCCAAGCGUGGCCUUGGCCAAGAGGAAGAGGAAGACAGAUCUGRCMACCAUCCGGUGGMAACGCGUGGGACACAACGGGAGGGAGAUAGGAUYGGCAACAGCAGCAGCUCCAGCUCCGGCCGUACAGGGCAGCGAGCACCGCUCAGCUGGCAAGAUAGAGUCUCCAUUGCCSAGCAGAUCGCUAGAGCACUGCGCUAUCUUCACGAAGAGGUAGACCCGCCGGUGAUUCACAGAGACGUCAAGAGCAAGAACGUGCUGCUGGGAGGUGGACCAACAGGGGGAGGUGGGGGGGAAAGGGAGGGCGAUGGGGGAGGAGGCAKGARGACAGGAGUGAGGGCUUAUCUGUCUGACUUCGGUCUGGCGAAGGUGGGGCGAAGCGUUUUUGGUCAGUUGCCAGCAGGCGAGACCGUGGAGACGUACAACGUGGCAGGGACACUGGGAUACAUAGCGCCCGAGUACUACACCUCAGUCCGACUUACGACCAAGAAUGAUGUUUACUCUUUCGGGGUGGUGCUGAUGGAACUCGUAACGGGUAGAAAACCAUUCGGUCGGUCACCGCCUAUUGCUGGCAGCGAGACUAGGGAGGAGAUGGAGAAGGAGGAGGGGGACGUAAGUCUGGCGUCCUGGGCGACCAGAGUACUUGGUGACUCUGUACCCCUCAUCACCGACGGGGAAGGACAAGCCGAGUCGCAAAAAGCAGUAAUGCCAGCACUCAAAACCGAGAUAAACACUGGGGAAAGGUUUAUGGAUCGUAUUCGGCAGAUUGCAGAUCCGGGGCUCCACUGGGCAGACAGAAAUGUGGACUGGAUUGCUGUAUGCGGCAUGGCAGAGAUCGCCAUGGCCUGCAUCUCGCGCAGUCCGGAGCAGAGGCCGCGGAUGAGUCUCGUCAUAGAAAGGCUAACUCGUCUGACUGGAUGACGACGGCAGAUCUGGACGGUGAUGAUGAAAUUCCCGGGACGCAUCUAGGGACCCAAUUGAUCCGGCAACGUUGAUGGCCCACGUCGUUACAGGUUGACAGGGCUUGGAAGUGCCCGGCCAUUGGAAAAAUCAACCUGGCAUAGAGAUCUGGGGAUGCUUUGGGGCGGGCAUCCUAAGGCUUGGACCCCACUGGCCGGAGGCUGGAAAAGGCACUUGGCCGCGAAAAGCUGCCCAACGUCGGUGGAAAGGAAUUGGGACAACAGUCGAGAUGAGAUACCGACAACACCAAGAACAGCCAUCAGGGGCUGAGGACACAGAAGCAGCUGCUCGGUAUUUGGCAUUAUGCUAGGUUAGAUUGGCUCAAUUUCGUCUAUAACUUUGUUUUUAAGCAGAAUUUUUUAGGUUAUAACCGUGUCUCACAGGGUAUAAUAAUCGCUUGCUGAUGUCAGGGUGUUUACAUUACCAGUAUUUCGUGGCUAGAUUCACUAAGGAAGAUUUCUGCGGAAAGAUGAAAUCCGUAGUUUUCUAGGCUGGCACAGACUCUGUCUGUCAUCCACGGACCCGUAGUUUUCUAGGUAGGCUUAAACUAUGCUUGACGUUCUGCCUUUUGUAUGUAGGGCACCACCAUUCCUUGAUUUACGUUGUUGUACGCUGUUGUCUCCCCGAAAUUCGUACCACAUCUGUUCCGGUGCGGACGCUGCCCUUAGUGUUUCGUUUUUAGAAAACACGUAUUAUUGAAGUACUUUAGGACUGAGAGGGAGGGAUAAUUGUCAUCUCCGAGGUAGGGGAGUAAAAUUGUCAUUUUCUUCUCUCGUUUGUAUUAGGUAUUCUUGCCUUUUGAUAAGUUGGUUUUCUUUAUAGUCAUUAUAAGAAUAGCCAGUACGAAGGAGCAAGGGGAACACCAAUGGUAGGAUGAUACGAGAGACCCGGUGAAGAGGAAACUAGAGUUGUAUCCACUGGGUGCCUGGUGGGAAACCCGUCUUGGCAACAAAGGCUCUGUACAGGGUUCCGGAUAGUGAGGAUGUCAUUGAGAGGGUAUCCCUAUGAAACCUGCACAGUCAAUCCUCUGGACUCCAGAGUAAUCAAUGCUGGCAGGUGUUCUUUUUCCUUAUGUUCACAUUCAUCACCCUGUAUAGGGGACGCUGGACCCGUUUUCCAGCAGGUGACGCUCCCCACCAAUAGAUGGAGCCUCCCCUCUGGGUGCUAGUGGUGACUGCUCUUAUCAGCAUCACUAGCACUGCGAGGGCAUGUGUAUUUAAAAAAAAAAAAAAAGAAAACAGAAAAAAGAAAAAGGGUAUCCCUACAGCUUAUUCGUCUAUCGACAGCGGCACUACGGGGGCAGUGUGAGUGCCAUGGUCAGUGGUGGGAACGUUAGUCGAAUGUAGUUAUUACAAGAGUAGGUAGCACGAGGGAGCAGUGGGAACACCAAUGGUUGGGCGAAAUGAGAGACCCGGUGAAGAGCAAACUAGAGUUGUAUCCAUUGGUGAUGAUGGGAGGGUAACCCUACAGCUUAGUCCUCCGGCCUAGCUCCUGGUCUUUGAGCUUAUAGAUAGUUUUAAUUCCGGCAGCCAGGUGCCUCUGUUCUUGGUGGAGGUGCAUUUAGUGUUGUUUUUCAGAAUCGUUUCUACAGUGGUUUAUGACUGGAAAUAAAGGGAAUCUGGUGAUACGCGUGGAAUUGCUAAUUACUGUAGCGGCGCCACCUUGUCCAGUGAGAGUGUAACAAGGGGCGGUGGGAACGCUACUGGUCAGAUGGCACGAGAGAACUGGUGAAGGGCAAACUUGAGUUGUACCCAUUGCGAUCGCUAUAUCAAGAMGGUCCAAGGGUGCGUGGUGGGAAACCCGUCAUGGCAGCUCAGGCUCAUUACAGGGUGCUGGGACAGUGUGGGUGAAAGGAUAGCUCGCCACAGCGGGUCAUGAGCGUGAAAACAAGGCAAUCCUUACUAUAAGUUCAGGGUGAAACCCACGGAAUUACUAAUAGCGGCGCCUUUCUGAGCGGUGGGAGGGUAUCAAGAGGCAGUGGGAACGCUAUUGGUUAGGUGCUACGAGAGAACCGAUGUGGAGCAAACUUGAACUGUACCCAUUGUGUCCGCAAAAAACGAAGGUCCAAGGGUGCGUGGCGGGAAACCCGUCAUGGCAGAUCAGGCUCCUUACAGGGUGAUGGAGCAGUGAGGGUAACAGGGUCGUCCCUGUAGCUGUGAGAGGACCAGUGUCGGCGCAGUCAAUGAACUGCUUUGUUUUUGGAGAUUGGUUGGUCCUAAGGGUUGCAUUUCGUUUUUGAAAAUCGAUUGGCAAUAGUUAUUGCAGACUUGCAGAUGGAAAUUGGCCCGUAGUUAAGGGCUAGAGUGUAGACUGGUUGAGUAUUUGGCAUCGUUGUUAGGUCUUCCAGUGGAAUUUCUUUCAGGAGAUUUAGGUGAGUCGCAGAUAGACUCCCACGAAGCGAAGUCGGGUAAUGCUCCUGGACAUGAAUGUCUGUAGGAUCAUGGAUAGAGAGAUAGCUUGUCCAUUUAUGUCUUUUGGUAGAUUUCAAUUGUCUAUUUUUCUCCCUUCCUUCAGAAAUGGCAAGACUGUUGAUAGGAGCAUGGGACUCUGGACUCGGUUUCCAGUUAGCCUCUCUGAGGCUUGUUUCUCCUUUCCGGGUUGAGAUGUGGAGGGAUUCCCGGCCUCCUUUUGCCUUUAUAAUGAAAYUAUGCUAUUUCU